AUGUCCCAUCCAGCGCCGUCGAUGUCUACGAAUCGACCCUUCCUGGCGAACUUCCUCGCCGCCUUCCGAGCACAGUCAGCGUUUAAAGCUUUGUCAGUGGGAGGCCACUCUGCCAGUGGCCCCUCCUCGUCCCUGUCAUCGUCGUCACAACUAUCCUCCAGAACGAUAGCCACAAAGGCCAACAAUAAUGGGUCAUCAUCAUCUUCGACGGCGUCGACAACGACAACACAACAACAACAACAAUCACGACCUCACUCUAACAGCCGCUCUUCCCCUCUGAGUCCUUCCGCCACAAACGAAGCAUCCUCCUGUUCCUCUUCCUCUUCUUCCUCCUCCUCCUCCUCCUCCUCCUCCUCCUCCUCAACGACACCACUCUCUCCGACAUCAUCCUCAUCAUCCUCGACGCCAAUUCCCAUCGUCUACAACCACGACCGCCACCGUCGCGGAAGCGACAGCUCAAGCGGCUCAGGCGGGUUCCGAGACGCCCUAGGACCGGAGAAGUGGUACAUCGGCGGGCGGACACCGGGCGGCGAAGAACGGUUCUACCGACUGGGGAUGGUGACUAAGGGAGGAGGCCGACUGGGUGCGAGAGGUCGGAAAUGGAAACGGAAAUGGGAAAUGGAAUUGGAUGAAAUUUCAUGUCUCUUCUCUGCCUAUGCUAUGCUAUGGGUAUGCCUGUUAUUAUUCUCACUACUCUACUCUACUCCUACUCAAAACAGACUAUUUGCUCUUUUUUUUCCUGUCUUCCUUUUUUAA